AAAAUUUGUGAGUAUAAAUUAAAAUAUUAAACUUAAUUGUAAAAAUUAAAUAUGUACAUUCAUAUUUAGAACUUUAUAAUAUUAUUUUAGCCUUUCCUUAAAAGAAAUAUUAAAGAUGGGUAUAUUGACGGAUCCAACUUUAAUGCAAAAAAGUAGAUUAGCUAAAAAUUGCAUUAAACAUACUAGAAAAAUUUGUAUAUUAUUAUAUUUAGUUGGUCUAAUAUAUUUUGGAUUUCUGGCUCAUACAGAUUUUAAUCACGCAACUUAUCUUUCAGAAAAUGCCUUAUCUCCAGGGCUUGUAUAUUCGGAAAUAAAACAAGACUCUGCAAGAUAUGCCCAAUCCUUAUUGGAAGAACUAUCUAAAGAACGUGAGACGCAUAAAGCAGGUAUUCCGUACGCUUGGAUUAUGGCAAAGAUGAAGCAAAUUGGAUUAGAAACACAUACACAUAAUUUUACUGUUCACUAUCCUUUCGGAGGAGGCAAAACAUUUACUGGAAAAAAUGUAUACGGCAUCUUAAGAGCUCCGCGAAUUGGUUCAACUGAAGGAAUAAUAUUUUCUACACCAUACAGACCUCCUAAUUCUGUUCAUACUGAAAUAACUGCAAGUGUACCUAUACUAUUGGCUUUUGCAGAUUUCGCAAGAAGGAAGAAUUAUUGGGCUAAAGACAUAAUAUUUCUAGUAACUGAUCAGGAGCAGUUAGGUAUACAUGCUUGGUUAGAGGCUUACUUUAAAGGUGGUUUAGAUGGUGAAAACGGAAUUCUUAAUGCUGGAACUUUAGCAGCUAGAGCAGGUGCACUACAAGCUGCUAUAAAUUUGGAAAUUCAAGAUUUCGAUGCUCAAUAUUUAGAUGUCAAAAUUGAAGGUUUAAAUGGUCAGUUACCAAAUUUAGAUUUGUUUAAUUUAGUACAAAGACUCGCAGUUCGAGAGAGUUUAUCAUCCGGUUAUAAGCAAACAAAGAAAAAGAAAAAAAGCAUUCAUCAACAAACUUUAACUGAUAAUAUGAAACAUUUAUUAAGUAUGAUUGUAGCACAAUCAAAUGGUGUUCCAACUGGAAAUCAUGGUUUAUUUCAUCGAUUUAGAGUAGAAUCUCUAACAUUAGAAGCCGUGAAACGGGAGUCAUCAAACAAUCAUAAUAAAAUGCUUGGGGCGAUUAGCCUUUUAAAAACAAUUGAAGGAAUUUCAAGAAGUUUAAAUAAUUUAUUGGAGAGAUUUCAUCAAAGCUUCUUUUUUUAUAUUCUUGUGGCAAACGAUCGUUUUAUAUCGAUUGGUGAUUUUAUGCCAUGCCUAAUACUUAUGACAGGUUCUUUGUAUAUAAAAGCAUUUUUAAUUUGGAUGUCAAUCGAAAGGGAGCCAAGUAUUGAAGAUGAUGAGAAACAAAAAAACGAAAAUGAAGAUGAUGAGAAAAAAACUAUGUGGCAAUAUGGAGAUUUAAAUUUACCUUUUGACUACAUAGCAAAAGUUGCUGGUGUUGCUACGUUUUUUGGUACCUUAGCAUUUUACAUCCCGCAGUCGAAAGAAAUAAGUGACUACUUUGCAACAAAUGGUCUUAGUACUCAAAUUACUGUAGCGAUAUUAAUAACAAGCAUCUCAAUCUUGGGUUUUUUCGUUCCAGUUUUUGUAAAUUUUACUAAAAAUAGUUUUGAGUUAUUGCAUGUGGCGUCUCUGUUAUAUUUGGGCUCAGCUUUAACUGUUAUAGGUCUAUUAAAUUUUUCUUUAGGUUUCCUACUUUCUAUUGCUGCAGUUCCAAUGGCAAUUUAUAUAAGUUUUGAACAUAAAAAAAUUAAACGAAGUAUUAGUAUUAUUUACACAUUCCUUCUUCAUCCACUUCUAAUUACUUAUGGAGUAGUUUUUGUAUUAACAUUAUUUUCAUUUAAAGAAUUAAACUUAACAGAUAUUUUAAUUCGUGCUGCAACUGCUACAGCUGAUGCACUUACAUAUUCAAUAGUUGAUUGGAUGAUAUACGGUAAUUGGCUUUUUGCAGUAAAUACUCUAGUCUUGUAUCCAGCUUGGAUUUUGUUUUGGAUAAUCAGUCUGUCAAAAUUACCAGUUGUUAAACUUAAGGAAGAAUAAACAAGGAGUGCUAGCUCAACCUUGCAUUUAAAUUUUAAAAUGUAAAUUUAAUUUAAGUAAUACAAUUUUUUUAAUACAUAAAAUUAUUGUUGCACAGUAGUUUUGAUGUUUAAAUUCAGAAUGAAAUCAAAAUUUUUGGUAAGAAGGCCUUAUAUAUCAUGCAAGUACUUAUUUUAGUUGGUCUAAGAGCAGUUCAGUAAAAUAAAUAUAGAUGACAAUA